GCGGCAAGGCCAGCAGCACUGCCUCCAAUAGGACGACGGGCGGCAGCGGCGCCUCGUUAACGACCUCCGAGAGGAUGGCCGUGAACACGACGCUCUCAACGACGUCAGAGUCGCCGAAUUCCAAGGCGACGGGCUCUGCGCCGAGUCCACCACCGGUGGCGGCGUCAUCAGCGAACCACCACCGGGAACAGAGCUCCGCGCCGACGUCAUCCUCGCGCCACCGGACGCAGCACCAGCAAUCCGGGAAGCAGAGCGACUCCUCCGACGAAGACAACGAAGACGAAGACGAGGAAAUGGAAGACGACGCGGCUUCGUCGCCACCGCCGCCGCUGGUGACGUCACCGCCGUCGACGCCAGCGACACCGACCGGAAGCGCUCCGUCGUCGUCCACUUCCGUGACGGCCGCGGUGACGCAGUCCGCCAGUCCCGAGCAGAUGUACGAGGGCUUCCAGGCUUGGGCCUUGCGCACGUACGGAGACAGCGCCAAGACGAAGACUGUGACGCGGAAGAAGUACCAGCGCAUACUCAAGAUACUGAAGGGAGAGGAACAGACCAGCGCCGAGAACUCCAAGUUCCGUUUCUGGGUCAAGGCCAAGGGCUUCAAGAUGGGCCUGCCUCCGGGCCACCCCCAACAGAGCGUCCACAAGGCGGCGCUCGCCGCGGCCGCCGCCAAAAAUCCGCCCGAGCAACUACUGUUCGUGCCAUGUAGCAAGGUGAAGAAGGGUGGUGAUGGAGAGACGACGGUGUACAAGCGGGUCGCGGUGGUGGAGAACUUCUUCGAGAUCAUCUACGGCGUCCACGUCGAGAUGGAUGGCCGAGGAGGAAAGCACGCCGGACAGAAAAGGACCUACAAGGCUAUCGCCGAGCUGUACGCCUUCCUGCCCCGGGAGGCGGUCACGCACUUCCUCAUGUCCUGCUCCGACUGCCAGAAGAGGAUGCACCUCACAAACGGCGCGCUGAGCGCCAUCGUCACAGCUGCGGCGGCGCAGGGCAGCGCCGCGAGCUCCCCGACCCACAAAAGCGGCAGUGCCGCCGCAACGACGCCCUCAGCCGCGGCAGCGCCGACAACUACCGAGACUGCGUCCUCCGGUUACCACAGCAACGACGCCAACAACCACAUCAACGACAGCUGUAGACCCGGAAGCGGAGAAGCCGGAAGUAGCAGCAGCCCUUCGCGCGACGCCGCUGGCGGCGCUAGCGCGCCGUCGCCGACGCGUUCCGCGGCGGCGUCGCCAGGCGGCGCCUCCGCGGGCGAUGCGAGCGCCCCUGGGGUGCGCGCGGCGGGCGCGCGCAUCGCGGCCGUGUCGGCGGCCGAUGUCGACUUCAGCGUUCCCAUCACGACGGCCUACUUGAAACACAUGAGGAGUCUCGGCCUCUCCGACGAGGAUGCCUUCAACCCGCGCGAGGACUCAACGCUUGGUAGCGACGAGCUGAGCGACGAUGAGGCUACGCCAAACUACGAAGACGAUGAAGAGGCGAGUCCCGACGCGGGCGUUCUAGACAACACCUCCAAGGAGACGUCAGACGCGCACAUGGCUGCCGACGCCGCCGCCGCCUCGACCAGGUCGCCGCGACCGCCGUCCGAGAACGUCGCCACUGGCUCGUCCGCGGAUCGCCGCUGGAUCGCCUUCGCGUCGGCUAGCCGGCGGUCCUGCGCGGACGAGCCCAUGGACAUCCAGCAGCCACUCAACAUGACUUCCAAGACGACAGCAAUGACGUCGCUUCCCGGAGGCUCCGGAUUUACUCUCAGCGGAGGGUCUAUGGCGGCCGAGCACAGCUUCGCUGAUCGAGGACAGAGUCCUGCGACCGCCGAGCCGGACGAUCUGUCGGCUGGCACAAAGGACGAAGACGAGGAAGACGAUGACGAUGAACAGGACAAGCUAGACAUCAGCUCCUACGACCCCGAGCGCCUCAAGGCCUUCAAUAUGUUUGUGCGGCUGUUCGUGGACGAGAACCUGGACCGCAUGGUUCCCAUCUCCCGGCAGCCCAAGGAGAAGAUCCAGGCCAUCAUCGACUCGUGCAGCCGACAGUUCCCGGAGUUCGCCGAGCGAGCCCGCAAACGCAUCCGCACCUACCUCAAGUCCUGCCGCCGGACCAAGCGCACCCGCGAUCUCAACGGCUGGGACGGUCGCACGGCCGUCCCCCACCUGACGUCACCGCUUGCCGAGCAGAUCCUGGCGUCAGCGUGCGAAAACGAAACCAACAACGCCAAAAGGAUGAGGCUCGGGUUGCAACCGCUGCCGAUGGAGCUGGAUAUUCCAGGCCGUUCUACGACCCCCGGCUACCACGUGACUGUCGGUGUGGGCGGAUCCAACGGUGCCAGCACCGUGCUCGGCGUGCCGGCGUCUCUGUCGGUGAACAGCAGCACCGUGUCGAUGAGCAACAACAUGAGCAGCCAGCUCAUUAGCCGGUUGACGGCUCCCAUCGUCAGCAGCAACGCUUCGACCACGAACGGUCUGCUGUCCACAAGCCUCUCUUCAGGCAUCACCGGUGGCCCCACACCACUGACGGCCGCUGCGAGCAGCAGCAUGACCACUUCGGGCGUGGAUGUGGCCUCCGUGUGCCCCUUCCACAUGCACCACCACCAUCAGCAGCAGCAGCAGUUCCACCAGCACUUCGGCGUGGCAACUUCUGCAAGCCAUUCGGUGACGUCAAACGGCAUCCUCAUGUCUCCCGGUACGGUGACAUCCUCCUCUUCAUCCUCCUCGCCGGUCAACAGCUUUAUGAACGGCGUAGUCGCGGGGGCGGCGAGCCCGCACACUCCGCACACCCACCACCACCACAAGUGCUUCAACAACAACGGCUCGGCCACCAAUGGCGUCGGGCUGACCGUGACGUCAGCAGCCAAUGGCCACCACUAUCACGUGCACCACAGGCACCCCGGAAGUCUGGGAGGGACGAGCGUCUCGUCGUCGUCCUGUAGCGGCAACAACAACAACAACAGUCCGACGGACUUGAGCGUCAAGAAGUGCGUCGGUAAUGGCGUCGACAGCAGGCCGGCGAUGGCGUUGAAGUACUCGCUCAACCCAGCAGAGGUGAACGCCGUCAAGCAGCUCAUAGCGGGAUACCGAGAGUCGGCCGCCUUCCUGCUACGGUCCGCCGACGAACUUGAACAGCUGCUCCUACAGCAGAACUAAGCUUGGCCAGAAGCAAAGGCAACAAGUUUUGCCACAGAGAUAGAAGCCUGGUAUCCAGGAUGACCAUCUUGUGUACAAAUGACCGGACAAAGGCGUUACUUUUUUGAUUUUGCCAGCCUGUUCUUGGCGACGUUUAGUCUUCUCGUCUUGACGAGUUCGCAGUGCGUGAACUUCAGUCCACGACAGCUGAAACGUUUGUGACAUUUCAGCAGCUGACAAGGAAGAGCCAUCGGUGCGAUCUGUUCAGGCGCCAGGCGCACCAAGCUUAAUGUCUGUAAGGGCCACUGGUUAUCGUGGUUCUCAGGUACGGUGAUGUGCCGACUCGCCGCCAUCGCUUCACGGACUCACCAGUUUUUCUAAGUCACUCUUCUUUACUUGCCGAGGAUGGAAUGGCGAGUUAGUCGUUUGAUUGUUGUUGCUGUCGUUGUUUGCUUUGCAUUCCAUUUGUUGUAUGUUCUUUUUGUUUCUCCCUUUAAAAGUUAUCAAGGUUUUUUUUCUGCUUUAGGAGUGGGCGUACACACCAC